AGUAGCUUGUUGUGAGUUGUCGCGGUGGCUUCUUUCAGUUGCUGGUGUCUUCUCUCCUCCUGGCUCAUAAAUGGCGAGCUCCUCGGGUCCGGGUCUGACCGGGCCGGGACUCUGGUCCUCGGCGCUGCUCCUGCUGGUGCUGACGGGUCUGAUCGGGCCGAUCGGUGCCGUAUCCGAACCGGGGAAAUGGGUCAUGAACGUCGACAGCGAAACUCUUAAGAAGCACAACCACACCUUCUUCUUCACUAAAACUCUGUUCAACAACACCUACAUCAAUCUCAAAUUGGUGGCAGAGAACUGUAACACGUCGUCACCCGUCCAGUUUAACGUUUCCUGGUAUUUGAGGAACUCGCACUGCUACGAUGAAGUCUUCAGCCUGGACGCGCAGCGGGUAGGAAGUUACUUCAAGUCGACGGAGGUCAAACCAGGAGGAGGAAGUGGAUAUUACGUUUUUCACCAGUAUCAGGCCAUCGUCUGCCAGCCACACAUAAGCCCCAACACGUUCAGCCUGGAUGCAUUUGAGACGAUAACACGACUGACGGAAGUGCCGCAGCAACAGCCAAUCACAGAGCAGACUUCAGGCAGGAGGAGGAGACAGGUGGAGCCUCCAAAACCAAAGGCUGCUGCAGAGAAGGAAGGUGCUUCGGCUGAAACAGGAAAACCUUCCGUCUCUGAUAAAGAGGUGGCGCCUGCUCAUCAUCACUUCGAUGCUGUGGCUCUGAGCUGGGAGGACGGACCCUACAUGUUCAUCCUGAAUAUCAAAGAAAUCAAAGAAAAGAACCGAGCCUCUGCCAACCCCCCCGCACCCUGGAGCCUACAGUUGCAGGUCAGCAUGAAGGGUCCCCAUGACUACAUAUCAGCCUCUGAGUGGCCGAUGAUGGUGUUCUACAUGGUGAUGUGCAUCGUGUACGUGCUGCUGGCAGUGCUGUGGUUGGUGCUGUCAGCGUGUUACUGGAGGGAUCUGCUCAGGAUCCAGUUCUGGAUCGGGGGAGUCAUCUUCCUGGGCAUGUUGGAAAAAGCUGUCUACUACGCUGAGUACCAGAGCAUCAGAUACGACGGCUUGUCAGUCCAGGGGGCCGUGGUUUUUGCUGAGGUGCUCUCUGCAGUGAAGAGGACUCUGGCCAGGGUGUUGGUGAUCAUCGCCAGUCUGGGUUAUGGCAUCGUCAAGCCCCGACUUGGUGCAUUGCUCCACAGAGUGGUCGGAGUCGGUCUGCUCUACUUGAUCUUUUCCAUCGUUGAGGGGAUCCUAAGAGUCAACGCUGAUCGAGGCAAGAAAAACAGCAGUACAUUGUUGUGUGACAUAGUGCUGGCCUUCACUGACUCCUGUGUUGUCUGGUGGAUCUUUGUGAGUCUGGCUCAUACGAUGAAGCUACUGAAGCUGAGGAGGAACGUGGUGAAGCUCUCUCUCUACAGACACUUCACCAACACGCUCAUCUUCGCUGUCAUAGCGUCGGUCAUCUUCAUCAUUUGGACCUACAGGACCUUCAAGAUUCCUAAAUGUCUGUCUGACUGGAGGGAGCUGUGGAUAGAUGACGCAUUCUGGCGCUUCUUGUUCUCCAUCAUCCUAUUGGUCAUUAUGUUCCUAUGGCGACCGUCAGCCAAUAACCAGAGGUAUGCCUUCAGUCCUCUGUUGGAUGAAGAGAGUGAGGAAGAGGAGAAGGAGCCCAUGAUGAACGAGGCUUUCGAGGGGAUGAAAAUGAGGGGCAUGAAAAAUGAAGCCAACGGUACGGCCAAAGCCAACAAAGUGGAUGAGGAUCUGAAAUGGGUUGAAGAGAACAUCCCCACAUCGAUGGCAGAUGUCGCCCUGCCCCCGCUGCUGGACUCCGAUGAGGAGACCAUGACGACUAAGUUUGAGAUGUCCAAGAUGGAGUAGAGCAGAAGAGGAAGGAUGGACAAAAGGAGGGAACAUGGAGGAGUGUUUAAAAAACACCAAUCUGGUAAACAGAUGGAUAAAUGAUACAGAUUAAUAUUGGUGGAGUAAAAGAGAAUGAUGGCUGAUUUAAUGCACAUGUGAGGAGAGAUAGAUCGACUGGAUGAAAGAGGGAACACAGAGAAUAACGAGUGUUUGCUUUAAAAGACGGAGAGAUUUAACCCCUGACUUUAUGAGCUUUGUAAGCCUUGACUGUACAUACACUGGGAGUAAAAUCGAUGACAGCAGCACACAGUUUCUUUUUUUUUCUUUUUAUUGCCUGUUUGUAUUUAUAUUUCUAUAUAUAUACAGUAUAUUUGGACAGAUUUGAUGCUAAUGAUGUUCUCUGCUACAGGAGUGGCUUGUUUGCCUUUUCACCGUUUACAUGCGAAAAUGUGAUUUUCGAAUAUUGUCUCAUUAGACAUAUUGUGUGUUUUUCCCUGUUGCCACAACAAGAGCACUCCCCGUCUCUGCUGUCUGUGUUUUUUUGAGUUGACACCUGUUGAGUGGGUUUCAUUUUGAUCCUUUAAACAGGCAAAAAAAUAGAAUGCCGCCUAUGGACUGGUGUUGAAAAUUAGCACGUGUGCUACAUACACCUAAGCAAAGGCAUCUGGUCUGUCCACUGGGACAGUCUCAAUGUAUUUGUGAUGUCCAUAUCAAAUAAAAUAAACCUAACCUAACCUAAAACCAAAGUUGUGAAUUUGAAAGUAAAAAAGAAACAAGGAUGUGAAUUAAAAUAUUGUUUCCUCAGUCUUACUUUUUUGGAGUUGUGAGGUUUGUCAUCAAGCUUGUUCCAGCUUUUGUUCCAGUGAAAUUUAUACCAUCAGAUCACAGACUGUGCAUGAAAAUUAUUUUAUUUAAUUGUUUCACUGUUUCUUCGUGUCUCUGUAAAGAAAUUUUGGCAGGUUUUUUUCUACAAAGAAGGAGAGAUGUGCUACAGCUGACUAAUUAAAGGGAUAGUUCAGAUUUUUUUUAAAGUGGGUUUGAAUGAGAUACAUAGUCAGCUUAUUAUCUACAGUCAGCACGCCCCCAGUUUGGAGAAGCAGUCUCAAGUACAGCAAGGAAGCUUAGCAAUGUACUGCUGUGGACAGGUCAGCAACAAAACGUAUUUUAGCCACUUUACCUUUCCAUAAAACAGUGAUUUCCGAUGAGGAACUGAAGCCAUUAUAUUGCUCUCUUUAAAGCCACCAGACUCCAUUGAGAAAAACUGUGAUUUAACAUUGCUGAACACAGGAGCUGCUGUUCUACUGCAUUGGUUAGUUUGUUUGUGCUAUUGUGUGACUUUGGUGUUUAAAUGGUUAUUUUGGAUGCACCAAAUUCACACAAUAACAAAACCUAAUUAACUGAUCAAAGCGGUCAUAGAUCAACAGCUCCAGCAGUGAGCUAGAAUUACUGUUUUUCUCAUCAGGGUCUGGUGGCUUUGAUGAGAAAUGAGGAACUGAAGCUAUAAAUAUCUUCCCUGUCAGAUUGGUCUGUCUGACGGAAAGCAGUGGAAAUGCUGUCAAUAUAGCAUACAGUGUUCUGCAGCUCUGCUCUGCUCCCUGUUACAUUCACACUUAAGAGAAUUUCAUUAACAUUUUCUUCACUGAUGAUGUAUUAUUUCACCCACCUGCAACCCAUCUGCACUUCCCUGUGUGUGUGACAAGCAGUGUGUAUGUAUGUUGUGACCCUGCCUAUGGAGGCACAUCUGAAUCAUCAUUGUGGUGGAUGGGUUCAGCAACCACUGACUUAUCACCUGGGGGGCCGGUGUUUGCUGUAAAGCUAAACUCUGUUCAUUUUUUCUAAACCCAACCACUUGCAUUUUUUGUUGAGGAGAAGAAAAGGUCAAUUUGCGGUGUUGUACCAAUAUAUAUGUGGCGGAUAGGCCCAACAACAAGUGACUAUCACUCAGGAGGGGGUAGAUUGUAAAGCCAAACCCUGCUCUUUUACCUAAAUGUAACCAUAAGCUUUUGGUGUUGAAGGAAAAACAUCAAUUUGCAGUGUUUUACCGACAUAGUACGUUUAUUUUGAAAGAGACUGUAUGCAAACUGUACAUUUCCUUUGAAAACCGAAGUAUAGUUUGAAAACAGACAAUGCAUAUAACGGGCUGAAGUUGACACGGCGUACCAGAACGUCAACAACCAACACACCCAGGGUACCUUGGACGUCAUAUCUUGAUGUGGAAGUCCAUGACCAAACGUCAAGUUAUGACAUGGUUGGAGUGAGCAUGUGUUGGAAAAUACCAUACCAUUCUGGUCAGUUGUUCUCUGUUGCCUCAAACAGCAAUACGUUAACAAUGCAUCUGACCACACCUCAUUUAAAGACUGACAUGCCCAUUGGCACACAGAUACUUGUGCAAAGUGGCUGCUGGCCGUGACAAUCCUCUAAGUUAGAAAUGUAUACGGACAGGGAUGGAGCCUUCUCUUUGUACUCUAUGUUCAUUUUGUCCAUAUUUAUGCACGUUUUCUGAAAGCUUUCAGAUACUGAUACCACAGGAGGUCAUGGAGGCAGUGCAGUGUAGUUCAAGUGACAUACGACUGUAGGAGGCAGCAUUUACAAAAUGGCAGCACAGAAUGAGUUUGUAGUGAAAAGAAUCCUCCAUCCACAUGCAGUGAUUUAUUGAAUGGCCUCAUAGACCACUGUCGUCUACAAGCUGCCUCCACUGAAAGGUACAAUAUUACAACUUCCUCCACCAUUGCCUCGUUUGUUGUCAGAAACUUUUGACUACGCCCUUGGAGCCCUUAGUUUUGACUGAGACGUUAUGACGGGUUAUGGGUCAGUUCUGGUACUGAGCUUUAAAGGUAUGGGCGGGUGCGGGUUUUCAGAAAUGGUCCCAUGCUGUACUUUGAUGCCAACAUCACGGAAGCAAAAGAGGCGUGACAUGUAACAAAACAGCCUCGGCCUCCAGUGUGACACAUAACAUACACAUCAGCAGGACUUUCUAAACAAUAACAACGACACAACAUUUCAGUAAUAAUCAUUUACCAUCUCUGUUGUAUGGCGGCUGAUCUCGUCGUCUGCAGGGAGGGUAAGGAGCUCCUGGACCUCAUUGAUUUCACUAUUUGGGGAUAUUUAUGGCCGCUGUUCUACUUUGAGUUAGCUGCUAACAGCUAACAGCUGCCUUCUUGUGGUGGGUCACCAACAUAAUGCGUGAUAAAAACAUCACAUCUGUUCCACCCAUGGUCACGUUUUUGACAUUGUUACCACCUCCAGUCCCAGCUCAGAGGUGAGACCACUCUGUUCCCCCAUUCCAUGAUUGUACCUAAUAUACGAAAUGGCGAGGUGGCAUAACGGCGCGAUAUUUCUGCCUUCAACAGGCGGUGUAAAAGUGACGUAUCCUUUCCCUGUCUCCAUGUCUUCUGUCUCCAUUAUUUAAAUGGAAACCCUGCCAGACGAACCCAUCAAGCAUGCCCAUCUAUUUCAAUAUCUGUCCUCCUCGUACACAGAAACAAAACUUUAUUCAUUCAAUUAUUUGCUUGAUCACACACGACCAUGGCCACUUAGUAUCUGCUCUCACACACACACACACACACACGUUACGCCUGUCCCAGCCUUGUGUGUUUUCUAUGACAGCAGCCAUUAUCGCUCUGAGUGUCCAGCAGCCAUGUGAACAUAUAGACUAGUGUGUGUAUGUGUGUGUGUGUGUGUGUGUGUGUGUGUGUUUUCCAGCCUGCUAAGUGUUGACAGUGACUUGUCUGAAUGGACUAAACGCUCUAUACAUCAUCCAGUUGCGCCGCAGGGAAAAGUCCACUCUCCCUCUCUGCUGUCGGCUCCCGUCAGCCUGCAGCAGCUCGCUGUUAUCAGGAACAUCACAUCCAGUGUUUUAGGUUUUUUGUGUGUGGCUGAUUUCAGGUUUGAGACUGAAUUUAUUGUUGUUUUUUCCGCACAAUCCUAAUCUGAAUAUCUGAUUCAGCAUUUAUAUUUUCUUACAUAAAGCAGCCAUGAUGGAGAUUUAGAUAAAGCAUGUUUGACUGCUCGCACUGUUUCAUUUUAAAUUCAGUGUGCAGGAGUAUAGGGCCAUUACAGCUUUCUGCAGGCUGCGGAGUAAAACCCAAGUAUUGUAAGUGACAGGAUUUGAGAAUUAUUUUUUUUUUACCCACAUUCAAAUCUCAUUAAAGCAAAAUAUCUGCCACAGUGUGAGAGCACGGAGCAGUAUUUGUUUAUGGGGCUAUUAAAUUUAGAUGGAAGGGAAAAGUAAUGAAAAUGGUUUUAAGAACUAAACAUCUGUUCCUUCUGAGUUGUUCAGUUUGUGGUGUGAAAUGUGGAGGCAGGCGUCACUUAAAGUAAUUAGACGUAUUUAAAAAGCCUUUGUGAUUACUUUCUCCUGUUAAUCAGUCUGAAAGACUUAAGUGUGGAUUUGUAUCAUGUCUCAUUUUGGAGAGAAACUCUUCAGUCUGGUGUCUCCACAUUAGAAUGUGUUCCAGUUUUGUCUCACUUCAUAUCACACAGCAGCAUCUGUUUGUUGUUCUCCAAAAAAAAAAAAUCUUGAUUAUGUAAAGUACCGUGCUGUUUGGUUUGUAAAUAAAUCAAAAAAGUUAAUAAUAAAAAUUUGGAAAGUAAACUAUUA